UGUUUGGCACAGAAUUCCAAACCGCCCAAAAGGAGUAAAUCUCAACCUCUGCGUCUCUAUCUUCAACCAAAGAAUGGGUUCAGAAAUUUGUGGUUUCAAAACCUGGAACUUGCGUAUUGCUUAAACGGCAUAAACUGUUCCACGUAGUCUAAAAAGCUUUCCACAAACAAAACCAUUGAUCCUAUGUGCAUUCCUCUUCGCCACUAAUUCAACUCAACAGACUUCACAAUCUUUUGGCAUUCUUCAUUCCUCUGUAUUGCUUUCUUCUUCUUCUUCUUCUUCUUCUUCUUCCUCCUUUCCAAUGUCGAUCUUAGUUCAAAACAAGUUCCUAUUGAGCUCCAAAACACAUGUUAGCCUGUGGAGCCCUGCGGUUCCACGCAAAUUUGUCUGCUGCAUAGCCAAUACCACAGUCAAUGUUGCUGCUGCUACCACCGCCGCCGCCAAACCCAAGCACGGUGAUGGCCAACUAGUCAUUGAACGAGAGCCUUUAUCUCCUACUACACCUGUAUUGCCCAAUUCCUCCACCUAUUAUUCUGUUCUUAAUGAUCCGAGUUUACAAUCGACCUGGAGUCAUCGUGUGUGGGUGACAAGUGGGUGCACCAUAGUGCUAAUCUCUUUAGCAAAAUCAAUAGCAGGUGCAGCCAGUUCACAUACCUGGCUUGAGCCUGCUUUAGCAGCAUUGGUAGGCUACAUUUUAGCUGACCUUGGAUCUGGGGUUUACCAUUGGGGCAUCGAUAACUAUGGCGACGCCUCAACUCCAAUUUUUGGCACCCAAAUAGAAGCAUUCCAAGGCCAUCAUAAGCGGCCAUGGACAAUCACAAAGCGUCAAUUUGCCAACAAUCUGUAUGCUUUGGCACGAGCUGUGACUUUCACUGUACUUCCUAUAACCCUUGCAGUUAAUGACCCUAUUCUACAUGGUUUCGUUGCCGUAUGCUCAGGCUGUAUAAUGUUCAGCCAACAGUUCCAUGCAUGGGCUCACGACAAAAAGAGUCAACUACCACCACUCGUAGUAGCAAUGCAAGAUGCUGGCUUGCUAGUGUCGCGAUUGCAGCAUUCUGCACAUCAUCGUCCACCCUAUAACAACAACUACUGCAUAGUAAGCGGAAUUUGGAAUAAGCUUUUAGAUGAAACAAAGGUUUUUGAGGCGUUGGAGAUGAUCCUGUUCUUCAAGCUUGGGGUGAGACCAAGAUCUUGGACCGAGCCUCAUUCUGAAUGGACAGAAGAGACUGAGAUUAUAGAACAAACUACAGCGUAUUAACCGUGUUCUUCUUUCGAUCAUAAUAUGUUUUUCCUUGCAGAAUGGAAGGACACAAAAUUGUUUAUUUGGAAUAUCUUCACAUGUAAACUAUAUAUAAUGAUUUGUUCUUUGCAGAA